AUGGCUUCCAGAUUAGAGGAGGAUUUCUGCUGUUCUGUCUGUCACGACAUCUUUAAAGAUCCUGUCGUCCUGUCAUGCAGCCACAGCUUCUGUAGAGACUGUCUGCAGAGCUGGUGGACGGAGAAACCAACCAGAGAGUGUCCGGUCUGUAUGAGAUCUUCGAUGAGUGAACCACCUUGUAACCUGGCGUUAAAGAAGCUGUGUGAGAGUUUCCUACAGGAGAGAGAUCAGAGAGCUUCAGAGGCUCUCUGCAGUCUGCACUCUGAGAAACUCAAACUCUUCUGUCUGGACCAUCAGCAGCUAGUGUGUCUCGUCUGCAGAGACUCAGAAAAACACUGCAACCACAGAUUCAGACCCAUAGAUGAAGCUGCACAACAACACAAGAAGGAACUUCAGGAAACUCUGGAGCCUUUAAAGAAAAAGUUAAAUGGUUUUAAAGAAGUUAAAGUGAAGUUUGAUCAAGCAGCAGAACACAUUCAGGACCAGGCCCGACGCACAGAGACGCAGAUUAAGGAGCAGUUUAAGAAGCUUCACCAGUUUCUAGAAGAGGAAGAGGAGGCCAGGAUGGCUGCACUGAGGGAGGAAGAGGAGCAGAAGAGUCAGAUGAUGAAGGAGAAGAUGGAGGCUCUGAGCAGAGAGAUAGCAGCUCUUUCAGACACAGUCAGAGCCACAGAGGAGGAGCUGAGAGCUGAACACGUCUCAUUCCUCAACAACUACAAGGCUGCAGUGGAAAGAGUCCAGCAGCGCCCCCUGCUGGAGGAUCCACAGCUGCCCUCAGGAGCUCUGAUAGACCAGGCCAAACACCUGGGCAACCUGGCCUUCAACAUCUGGAACAAGAUGAAGGACAUGGUCUCCUACAGUCCUGUCAUUCUGGACCCAAACACUGCUGGUCCAUAUCUCAUCCUGUCUGAAGAUCUGACCGGUGUGAGACCAGGAGAGGAACAGCAGCUUCCUGAUAAUCCAGAGAGGUUUGUUUAUUACUCUGUUCUGGGUUCUGAAGGAUUUAACUCAGGGACUCACAGCUGGGAGGUCGAGGUUGGAGACAAUACAAACUGGGAACUGGGUGUGUUACCAGAGUCUGUCCAGAGGAGAGGAGGCAUACGGUCUGGAUUAUGGAGAAUAGAGUUAGAUGAAGGUAAAUACUCAUCAAAGUCACCAUCAGAUGAAAAAACUGUUGCUCUCGUAGUGCAGAAGAAGCUCCAGAGGAUCAGAGUGAAUCUGGACUGGAACAGAGGAAAGCUGUCGUUCUCUGAUGUUGACACUAACACACACAUACACACCUUCACACACACUUUCACUGAGAGGAUGUUUCCAUAUUUUUUCAAUGUGGAUCGGAACAAUCACCCACUGCAGGUUUUACCAGUGAAGGUCUCUGUGGCUGCAGGACAACAGAAAUAGACGAUCAGCAUCGUCCUGAAGUCUUUGAGGAACUUGUGACCA